AUGCAACAUAUCAAAAAAAAUUUGCAGGUGAAGCAGCAGAAGAAGAGUAGCAACAAAUGGACGUGCGUGGUGUGCAACGAAAAGCAAUCUGUAAAGAAAGUCUUUGCUAAGGGGUUCAUGGCCAAGGAUGUCCGCAAAUUUGUGCAGAAUUUUAAUAUGUCUCGGCAAUUAUCUGAGCAGAAACAAGAAGAAAAAUUGUUCAUACAAAACUACGAUGAAGAAGAAAACGAACAAAUUGGAGAUAUUGGAAACCAGUUUCCAAGCAAUGAGGGAAAAAAGAAGAAAAGGACUGAUUGGUCCGAGUAUGUUGAUUAUGAAGAAGACUGGGGAAAACUUGAACUUACAGAAGUGGAUGGAUUUGAGCCAAUGAUCGUGACCGAGAUGCCAAAGGCUUUGUUCAAAAAGCCUAAACUGAGAAAUUAUUCUACUGGUGGAUCAGGUUUUAAGGAUGGUGAAAAGCUUUUUGAACCAGUGUUUGCGAAAAGGCAAAGUACUGCCCAUUCUCGAGAUGUGGAUCCAGUUGAAUUACAGGAAACAACCAAUAGAGGGACUAUGAAGUUCCAGCCAUCAGAUACGGCUUCCAAAUGGAGUCACUUGAAGGUGGACAUUCAAGAAGAUAGCGGCAAUUUAGUAAAUAGGGUGGCAUCGCUUCACAAGCCAACAACAGCAAGCAAAGGAUCACUUCUAAAGCUGAGUACUAAUAUUACACGAAAUGUUGAUGAAAGUUUUGCAUUCAGGGCACCACCUUUGAAUCCACACACAACAGCCAAGGGUCCAGUUUCAAAGUGGAGCAAUUACAUUACAGAAAAUGAUGAUGACAACCUGCCGGUCAGAGAGGGAAAAGCCUCUCUCGACCAGUCAUCUAAUCAGUGGAAGAACGAUGAGUUUGAGACUUCAUUGAGUGAUCAAAGGGUAGAAGAGGACAUCCAUCCAGAUUUCCUUUAG